AUGCCGAAUUGAUAUUUGAAAACCCUCAAAUGGUCAUACAAAAGGAUCAAGGACAGAGAUAUAUUCAGGCAGAGCAUAUCCCUGACUUACAAUGGAAAAGACAAUAUCUCAAAUAUUGUUGGGGGUCUUGUCACCCUCCUCAUGUUGCUUGUUUUGCUUGGAUACAGUAUUAUCCUCUUAAGAACGAUGUUACAGAGGACAGAUGUUAGUUGGAACCUCAAUAGUGUCAGAGAAAAUCUGGCUCAAGAUAACAAAAUAUUGGAGUGGACUAAAGAUGAUCCGAAAUUCAAAAUAUUCUGGAGUGCUUACAAGACUUCAUUAAUACCUCAAGAAGAUCUUUCUAAGGCUUUAAAGGCUGAAUACCAUCAUUUUUAUGUAGAUUCUACAGAUUAUACAAGUGGCGUAACCAACACUGUAUUUUCUAAUAUUACAAAUACCAGUUGUGACGGAAGCUUUAACACAACAUUUGAUGAUUAUUAUAAUGGUGAGUAUAAUCAGCCUCAUUGCCCUGAUCUUUCUGGCCUUGGGUUGGAAGGAAGUACUCAGAAUUCAAAGAACUAUUCAUACAUUGAAUUCAUUUAUUCUUGGUGCCAAUUUACAGAGUGCUAUGAAUAUAGCGAGCCUUCCAGAACUGCUGUGAACAACUCGGUGUUGUUCGUGAAUGUAGAGAAUAGGUAUGUUGAUUUGAAUGAUAUUGAAAAUCCGAUAAAGCCUUAUUUUGACAAAGUCUAUCAAAUUCAAUACAAGAUGGAUAGACAUGUUAAGAUUGAGUUUAAACUAAGGAGACAUGAGGUUGUCCUUGAAGACGCUUUCUUCACCCUUCCAUGGGAUUCAGAGCCUAUGUAUUUCAAUUCAUUAGAAGACUAUGAUUAUCAGGAAGAAUAUUUGGAUGUUAAUGAUAACACAGGAAGAAUCAGUAUUACAAUUAUCAAGGACCCUAUUGUUGACCAACACCGAAGAAGAGUGCUCAACUUCCUUGAAGUCACAGGCAUUCUUGGAGGACUCUUCGAAAUUUUCGAAUUAGGUUUCGGUAUGGUCCUGGGCCUCUACUCGUCGAUGCUUUUCAAGAGGAGAAUUUACAAAGAUAUCCAGAAGUAUCAGGACAAGUUUGACAAAAUGGAAAAGUGAAUCCAGCAGCUGGAGUACAAAGUCAAACAGAAUCAAGCAUCCAGAGACGAGGAUGAUGGAGGAGAUGAAGUCAGCCAUGAGGAGAACCAACAAGAACAAGACGAAGAGUCGAAGCAGGAAAAUGAUCAGCUCAAAUUGCUGGAAGGAGGAUCUAUUGAUAAUUUUGGUAGAGAAACAAUUCAGCUAAGAAAUCUUCUUCAUCGUCAGCGAGAAUUAAAUCAUCCAGAUAAAUCCUUACCUUCUGAAAUACCACGUUUUGGAAUUAUAAAAGAUUUCCAAUCACACAAGGAGCAUCAGCCAAUCAAGAAAAGCAACUUCUACAUUAUCCUUGAAAAAUAUAACAAAAUGGAUCAAGCAAUGAAUAAAUUAAACCACAGUCUCGACUGCCUCAACAUCGUCUACUCUCUCAAGGUCCUCCAACGACAAACAGCUUACUUACUCUCCAAAGACGCCGAAUUUUCAGAAUCUCUAAAAUAACAACCCAGACUUGCUCAUCAACUUCGAUUCCCCAGAAGCUGCCUCUUCAUCCAAAACUACACAUUCCACUGCAAAAAUCUCUCCUCCACCCCAAAACUCCCUGAACGAAUCUGCCCAAAUCAUAAACCUGCACUCUACCCACAAAAACCGAUCCCAACAGUACCUGUCAGGCCAACUUCGGCAAGCUGAGCAUCAGCCAUCAUAAUUUUAAAGUAAGAACUUGUGA